AUGCACGAUCGUUAUUGAGAGAGCAAGUAACUGAUAGAUAAUUAAGGUGAAAUGGUAUCCGUCAGAAAUCACUGCCCGGAAGGAAUUUAUGAUACGGUGAAGGUUCAUUCCUUUCAGUACACAUAUUUUAAAGAACUCUUUCUUUGAAUUCAUGGUGUUUCAUCCUAUAUACAACUGAGAUACCAAACCUUUUGGAUUGUUGUUAUUGGACCGAAAAAAUGACGUCUAUUAUCAAAUUAACUACCCUUUCUGGGGUCCAGGAAGAGUCUGCUCUUUGCUAUCUUCUCCAAGUCGAUGAGUUUAGAUUUUUACUGGACUGCGGCUGGGAUGAGCACUUUUCUAUGGAUAUCAUAGAUUCCCUGAGGAAGCAUGUUCACCAGAUUGAUGCAGUACUGUUGUCUCACCCCGAUCCUCUCCAUCUUGGCGCCCUUCCGUAUGCUGUCGGAAAGUUGGGUCUGAACUGUGCUAUCUAUGCAACCAUUCCUGUUUAUAAAAUGGGGCAGAUGUUCAUGUAUGAUCUUUAUCAGUCCCGACACAAUACAGAAGAUUUUACACUCUUUACACUAGAUGAUGUGGAUGCAGCCUUUGAUAAAAUACAGCAGUUAAAAUUCUCUCAGAUUGUGAAUUUGAAAGGUAAAGGACAUGGCUUGUCUAUCACACCUCUGCCAGCUGGUCAUAUGAUAGGUGGAACAAUAUGGAAAAUAGUCAAAGAUGGAGAAGAAGAAAUUGUUUAUGCAGUUGACUUCAACCACAAGAGGGAGAUCCACUUAAAUGGAUGUUCCCUGGAAAUGCUAAGCAGACCCUCUCUACUUAUCACAGAUUCAUUUAAUGCUACGUAUGUGCAGCCCAGGAGAAAACAAAGAGACGAGCAACUUCUGACAAAUGUCCUGGAAACACUUCGAGGUGAUGGAAAUGUGUUAAUAGCAGUGGACACUGCAGGCAGAGUUUUGGAACUUGCUCAACUCCUUGAUCAAAUUUGGAGAACUAAAGAUGCAGGAUUGGGUGUUUACUCAUUGGCACUCCUAAAUAAUGUCAGUUAUAAUGUGGUGGAGUUUUCUAAGUCCCAGGUAGAAUGGAUGAGUGAUAAAUUGAUGAGAUGUUUUGAAGACAAAAGAAAUAAUCCAUUUCAGUUUCGUCAUCUCUCUCUGUGUCAUGGUCUUUCUGACUUGGCUCGAGUACCUAGCCCUAAAGUGGUACUUGCCAGCCAGCCCGACCUGGAAUGUGGAUUUUCAAGGGAUCUCUUUAUUCAGUGGUGCCAGGACCCUAAAAACUCGAUCAUUCUAACUUACAGAACUACUCCUGGGACUUUAGCACGUUUCCUAAUUGAUAAUCCUUCUGAAAAAAUUACAGAAAUAGAGUUGAGGAAACGUGUGAAACUUGAAGGGAAAGAACUUGAAGAAUACUUGGAAAAAGAGAAACUAAAGAAGGAAGCUGCUAAAAAACUUGAACAGUCAAAAGAGGCAGACAUAGAUUCCAGUGAUGAGAGUGACGUUGAGGAAGAUAUUGACCAGCCAUCAGCUCAUAAGACUAAGCAUGACCUGAUGAUGAAAGGUGAAGGUAGUCGUAAAGGAAGUUUCUUCAAGCAGGCUAAAAAGUCUUAUCCUAUGUUUCCUGCCCCAGAAGAAAGAAUUAAAUGGGAUGAAUAUGGAGAAAUUAUCAAACCAGAGGAUUUCUUAGUGCCAGAACUUCAAGCUACUGAAGAAGAAAAAAGCAAAUUAGAGUCUGGCCUGACAAAUGGAGAUGAACCCAUGGAUCAGGAUUUAUCUGAUGUUCCUACUAAGUGUAUUUCUACAACAGAAUCUAUAGAAAUAAAAGCCAGGGUUACUUACAUAGACUAUGAAGGACGCUCUGAUGGGGAUUCCAUUAAGAAAAUCAUCAACCAGAUGAAACCACGGCAGCUGGUCAUUGUCCACGGACCGCCAGAGGCCAGUCAGGACCUCGCGGAGUGCUGCCGUGGGUUUGGUGGGAAAGAUAUUAAAGUGUACAUGCCAAAGCUACAUGAAACAGUCGAUGCCACUAGUGAGACUCAUAUCUACCAGGUGAGAUUAAAAGAUUCACUUGUCAGCUCCCUUCAGUUUUGUAAGGCAAAAGAUGCUGAAUUAGCUUGGAUAGAUGGUGUCUUAGACAUGAGAGUUUCCAAAGUGGACACAGGAGUUAUUUUAGAAGAAGGAGAACUAAAGGAUGACGGAGAAGACUCAGAAAUGCAAGUGGAUGCUCCUUCAGAUUCUAGCGUUAUAGCACAGCAGAAGGCCAUGAAAAGUCUGUUUGGAGACGAUGAGAAAGAAACAGGUGAAGAAAGUGAGAUCAUUCCUACUUUGGAACCCUUACCACCUCAUGAGGUUCCUGGACAUCAGUCAGUUUUUAUGAAUGAACCAAGACUGUCGGACUUCAAACAAGUUCUUUUAAGGGAGGGGAUCCAAGCUGAGUUCGUAGGAGGUGUACUCGUUUGCAACAAUCAAGUAGCAGUCCGUAGAACGGAAACUGGACGCAUUGGAUUAGAAGGCUGCCUUUGUCAAGAUUUUUAUAGGAUAAGAGACCUUUUAUAUGAACAGUAUGCCAUUGUGUAAAGGACAUGAUGUCAAGAAGUAUCUGUUUGACCUUUCUAAGAAAAAAGGAUUCUUACUCUAAGCUUUUGCUUUUUCGUUUUGUAACAUACAAAAGGAAUCUGCCAGAAAAACUUAACAUGCAUUAGAUUUUUAAAAAUGUAAAUAGAAACCAUAUUGCUAAUGCUCAAAUGAGCAUGCUACCUUUUGGCUUUCAGAGUGAUAGAGAUCCUUACAAGUGUGCAGGCCCUGGAGUUGAAGGUGACUGGCUUCCUUUAGAGACCCCUUAUUCUAGAAGGGCUUGUUACUUGAAUAAAACAAUGCAACUUGGCAAACCA